AUGGCCCUGAGCAGAGAGAUGGGAGCGUUGAAUUCCCACAGUUCGGCCCAAAUCCCAUCUCCAGACGCGAUAAAUCAUUUGCACACUCAACAACGCAGGAAUUCUCUACAGCACAACCAGCUGUUAUGCCCGCUGCUGGAGUUUCCGGUUUGUUCGCCUCUGGCAUGCUCGUUGCCGCCAUAUGUCGCUCGUCACACACUACCUUCCCGUCAUAGUCAAAUCAUGGGUCGUUAUUUGAGGAGGAAAUGUACGAAGAAACUUCAAGACUUGUGGCGCUAUUCGUUGCUUGAAUAUAAGACGGAAGCGGGAAGAGGGAUGCCGGAUGCCGGUGAGCGGUUGGCUGAGGCAUUUAUGGGUAUAUCUGUUCGACGAAGAUGGCGUUAG